UCUAAAACUCCAAGCAAAAUCUUCUCUCUUUUUUCAAAUUAUUUUAUCAGGUCUUUUGGGAUGAGGAGGUACAGUCCUCAAUACUAUAGUCCUCCCAGGAGAGGCUAUGGAGGCCGAGAAAGGAGUCCUCCGAGGAGGGGAUAUGGUGGCGGCGGCGGUGGUGGUGGUGGAGGGUAUGGUAGAAGGAGGGAGCAGAAUAAUGGAAGCCUUUUAGUUAGAAACAUUCCUUUGGAUUGCAGACCGGAAGAACUUCGAAUUCCGUUCGAGAGGUUCGGACUUGUUCGAGAUGUGUAUAUUCCGAAAGAUUACUAUACAGGGGCUCCGCGCGGGUUUGCAUUUGUGCAAUUUGUGGAUUCUUAUGAUGCUGCUGAAGCUCAAUGGCGCAUGAAUGGUAAAAUAUUCGGCGGGAGAGAGAUAUCCGUCGUUGUUGCUGCUGAGAAUAGGAAAAGGCCUGAGGAGAUGCGGCAUAGAUCUAGGCUAAGAGAACCAUCAGGAUAUGGAGGACGAUCGUCUUACUAUGGGCGUUCCCGGUCUCGUUCAAUAUCUCCAAUGCGCUCUCCUCGCCGUCCAUCGGGUUCUAGAAGCCGAUACCGCUCAAGGUCAUACUCCCCCGCCCCAAGACGACGAGGAAACUAUUCUGUUUCACCUGAUAGAAGGCACGGAGACCAUCCGAGAUCUCCGAGAGGUCCUCCACAAGAUCGUGGUGGUGAUUACAGUCGCAGAUCAUAUUCUCCAGGAUAUGAAAAUGCUGGUGGAAAUGGCUACGGCGAGAAUUCUGCAUACGAGUCCAAGGAAGCACCACGGGCUGCACAGGCGCCAUCACCGCCUCCUAGAGCAUCAAGGUCGCCGCCUGGAUCCCGGUCUAGGUCGGCUGACCGUUCACCAAGGCGCAGCCCAUAAACGGAGUCGACGGCAGAAAGGGGAUAACCUCAUGGUCUUAAUAUGGUAGAAUUUAUGCUAGUAGGCUUGUUUAUCUAUCUCAUUGUGCUCCUAGGUUUUUAGCUUUAUUGAAUCAAACCAAAAUUGAAGUAUUUUGCUUCCUUUUUAGUACAAAAGAGAUUGUGGACGUUGAAAUUCGAAUUUCGGAUCAAUUAAAUAUCACCUCAUAGAGGUUGUUUUAUUGA